UGCUGCUGCCUGGCCACGCCUCCUUUCCCUUUCAUCUUUCUCACUGACCAAUGGGCUUGGAGCAUUAAGGCCACGCCCCUAUUCUGCGUUCCACUGGUGCCCUGGUUACGCCACCUGUGGCUCAGUUGCACAGCCGCCUGGUAGGUGACUGGAGGCAUUGAGCAGUGCUCACUGGUAUUUCGCUGAUGUGGCCCCAACCCCGCCUCCCUCCCCACCCCGCGAUGUCCGAAAAAACACAACAGGGGAAAUUGGCCGCAGCCAAGAAAAAGUUAAAAGCAUAUUGGCAGAGGAAGAGCCCUGGCAUUCCAGCAGGAGCUAACAGGAAAAAGAAAAUCAAUGGCAGUAGCCCUGACACAGCCACUUCUGGUGGUUACCACUCACCUGGGGAUAGCCAGUACCAAGAACUAGCAGUGGCCCUGGAUUCAAGCUCCGCAAUAAUCAGUCAACUCACUGAAAACGUCAAUUCACUGGUUCGCACAUCUAAGGAGGAGAAGAAGCAUGAGAUACAUCGGGUACAGAAGCUUGGGAGGAGCUUGUUCAAAUUCAAAAACCAGACGGCUGAACCCCUGGCCCCAGAGCCCCCAGCAGGGCCAUCUAAGGUGGAGCAGCUACAAGAUGAGACCAACCACCUAAGGAAGGAGCUAGAGAGUGUGGGAAGACAGCUCCAGGCUGAGGUGGAAAACAAUCAGAUGUUGAGUCUCCUGAACAGGAGACAGGAGGAGAGGCUAUGUGAACAGGAGGAGAGGCUACAUGAACAGGAGGAGACGCUACGUGAACAGGAGGAGACGCUACGUGAACAGGAGGAGACGCUACGUGAACAGGAGGAGAGGCUACGUGAACAGGAGGAGACGCUACGUGAACAGGAGGAGAGGCUACGUGAACAGGAGGAGACGCUACGUGAACAGGAGGAGACGCUACGUGAACAGGAGGAGAGGCUAUUUGAACAGGAGGAGACGCUAUGUGAACAGGAGGAGAGGCUGUGUGAACAGGAGGAGAGGCUACGUGAACAGGAGGAGAGGCUACGUCAACAGGAGGAGAGGCUACGUGAACAGGAGGAGAGGCCACGUGAACAGGAGGAGAGGCCACGUGAACAGGAGGAGAGGCUACGUGAACAGGAGGAGAGUCUGUGUGAACAGGAGGAGAGGCUACGUGAACAGGAGGAGACGCUACGUGAACAGGAGGAGAGGCUACGUGAACAGGAGGAGACGCUACGUGAACAGGAGGAGAGGCUACGUGAACAGGAGGAGAGGCUAUUUGAACAGGAGGAGAGGCUACGUGAACAGGAGGAGAGGCUACGUGAACAGGAGGAGAGGCUACGUGAACAGGAGGAGAGGCUAUUUGAACAGGAGGAGAGGCUACGUGAACAGGAGGAGAGGCUACGUGAACAGGAGGAGAGGCUACGUGAACAGGAGGAGAGGCUACGUGAACAGGAGGAGAGGCUACGUGAACAGGAGGAGAGGCUACGUGAACAGGAGGAGACGCUACGUGAACAGGAGGAGACGCUACGUGAACAGGAGGAGAGGCUAUGUGAACAGGAGGAGAGGCCACGUGAACAGGAGGAGAGGCCACGUGAACAGGAGGAGAGGCUACGUGAACAGGAGGAGAGUCUGUGUGAACAGGAGGAGAGGCUACGUGAACAGGAGGAGACGCUACGUGAACAGGAGGAGAGGCUACGUGAACAGGAGGAGACGCUACGUGAACAGGAGGAGACGCUACGUGAACAGGAGGAGACGCUACGUGAACAGGAGGAGAGGCUACGUGAACAGGAGGAGAGGCUAUUUGAACAGGAGGAGAGGCUACGUGAACAGGAGGAGAGGCUAUUUGAACAGGAGGAGAGGCUACGUGAACAGGAGGAGACGCUACGUGAACAGGAGGAGAGGCUACGUGAACAGGAGGAGACGCUACGUGAACAGGAGGAGAGGCUACGUGAACAGGAGGAGAGGCUAUUUGAACAGGAGGAGAGGCUACGUGAACAGGAGGAGACGCUACGUGAACAGGAGGAGAGGCCACGUGAACAGGAGGAGAGGCUACGUGAACAGGAGGAGACGCUACGUGAACAGGAGGAGAGGCUACGUGAACAGGAGGAGAGGCUACGUGAACAGGAGGAGAGGCUAUUUGAACAGGAGGAGAGGCUACGUGAACAGGAGGAGAGGCUACGUGAACAGGAGGAGAGGCUACGUGAACAGGAGGAGACGCUACGUGAACAGGAGGAGAGGCUACGUGAACAGGAGGAGAGGCUACGUCAACAGGAGGAGACGCUACGUGAACAGGAGGAGAGGCUACGUCAACAGGAGGAGAGGCUAUGUGAACAGGAGGAGAGGCCACGUGAACAGGAGGAGAGGCCACGUGAACAGGAGGAGAGGCUACGUGAACAGGAGGAGAGGCUACGUGAACAGGAGGAGAGGCUAUUUGAACAGGAGGAGAGGCUACGUGAACAGGAGGAGAGGCUACGUGAACAGGAGGAGAGGCUACGUGAACAGGAGGAGACGCUACGUGAACAGGAGGAGAGGCUACGUGAACAGGAGGAGACGCUACGUGAACAGGAGGAGACGCUACGUGAACAGGAGGAGACGCUACGUGAACAGGAGGAGAGGCUAUGUGAACAGGAGGAGAGGCCACGUGAACAGGAGGAGAGGCCACGUGAACAGGAGGAGAGGCUACGUGAACAGGAGGAGAGUCUGUGUGAACAGGAGGAGAGGCUACGUGAACAGGAGGAGACGCUACGUGAACAGGAGGAGAGGCUACGUGAACAGGAGGAGACGCUACGUGAACAGGAGGAGAGGCUACGUGAACAGGAGGAGACGCUACGUGAACAGGAGGAGAGGCUACGUGAACAGGAGGAGAGGCUAUUUGAACAGGAGGAGAGGCUACGUGAACAGGAGGAGAGGCUAUUUGAACAGGAGGAGAGGCUACGUGAACAGGAGGAGACGCUACGUGAACAGGAGGAGAGGCUACGUGAACAGGAGGAGACGCUACGUGAACAGGAGGAGAGGCUACGUGAACAGGAGGAGAGGCUAUUUGAACAGGAGGAGAGGCUACGUGAACAGGAGGAGACGCUACGUGAACAGGAGGAGAGGCCACGUGAACAGGAGGAGAGGCUACGUGAACAGGAGGAGACGCUACGUGAACAGGAGGAGAGGCUACGUGAACAGGAGGAGAGGCUACGUGAACAGGAGGAGAGGCUAUUUGAACAGGAGGAGAGGCUACGUGAACAGGAGGAGAGGCUACGUGAACAGGAGGAGAGGCUACGUGAACAGGAGGAGACGCUACGUGAACAGGAGGAGAGGCUACGUGAACAGGAGGAGAGGCUACGUCAACAGGAGGAGACGCUACGUGAACAGGAGGAGAGGCUACGUCAACAGGAGGAGAGGCUAUGUGAACAGGAGGAGAGGCCACGUGAACAGGAGGAGAGGCCACGUGAACAGGAGGAGAGGCUACGUGAACAGGAGGAGAGUCUGUGUGAACAGGAGGAGAGGCUACGUGAACAGGAGGAGACGCUACGUGAACAGGAGGAGAGGCUACGUGAACAGGAGGAGACGCUACGUGGACAGGAGGAGAGGCUACGUGAACAGGAGGAGAGGCUAUUUGAACAGGAGGAGAGGCUACGUGAACAGGAGGAGAGGCUAUUUGAACAGGAGGAGAGGCUACGUGAACAGGAGGAGACGCUACGUGAACAGGAGGAGAGGCUACGUGAACAGGAGGAGACGCUACGUGAACAGGAGGAGAGGCUACGUGAACAGGAGGAGACGCUACGUGAACAGGAGGAGAGGCUACGUGAACAGGAGGAGACGCUACGUGAACAGGAGGAGAGGCUACGUGAACAGGAGGAGACGCUACGUGAACAGGAGGAGAGGCUACGUGAACAGGAGGAGAGGCUAUUUGAACAGGAGGAGAGGCUACGUGAACAGGAGGAGAGGCUAUUUGAACAGGAGGAGAGGCUACGUGAACAGGAGGAGACGCUACGUGAACAGGAGGAGAGGCUACGUGAACAGGAGGAGACGCUACGUGAACAGGAGGAGAGGCUACGUGAACAGGAGGAGAGGCUAUUUGAACAGGAGGAGAGGCUACGUGAACAGGAGGAGACGCUACGUGAACAGGAGGAGAGGCCACGUGAACAGGAGGAGAGGCUACGUGAACAGGAGGAGACGCUACGUGAACAGGAGGAGAGGCUACGUGAACAGGAGGAGAGGCUACGUGAACAGGAGGAGAGGCUAUUUGAACAGGAGGAGAGGCUACGUGAACAGGAGGAGAGGCUACGUGAACAGGAGGAGAGGCUACGUGAACAGGAGGAGACGCUACGUGAACAGGAGGAGAGGCUACGUGAACAGGAGGAGAGGCUACGUCAACAGGAGGAGACGCUACGUGAACAGGAGGAGAGGCUACGUCAACAGGAGGAGAGGCUAUGUGAACAGGAGGAGAGGCCACGUGAACAGGAGGAGAGGCCACGUGAACAGGAGGAGAGGCUACGUGAACAGGAGGAGAGUCUGUGUGAACAGGAGGAGAGGCUACGUGAACAGGAGGAGACGCUACGUGAACAGGAGGAGAGGCUACGUGAACAGGAGGAGACGCUACGUGGACAGGAGGAGAGGCUACGUGAACAGGAGGAGAGGCUAUUUGAACAGGAGGAGAGGCUACGUGAACAGGAGGAGAGGCUAUUUGAACAGGAGGAGAGGCUACGUGAACAGGAGGAGACGCUACGUGAACAGGAGGAGAGGCUACGUGAACAGGAGGAGACGCUACGUGAACAGGAGGAGAGGCUACGUGAACAGGAGGAGACGCUACGUGAACAGGAGGAGAGGCUACGUGAACAGGAGGAGAGGCUACGUGAACAGGAGGAGAGGCCACGUGAACAGGAGGAGAGGCUGUGUGAAGAGGAGAAGCUGCCAGGGCAGGAGAGGCUGCUGGAAGAGGUGGAGAAGCUGUUAGAACAGGAGAGGCGGCAGGAGGAGCAGGAGAGGCGGCAGGAGGAGCAGGAGAGGCUGCUGGACGAGGUGGAGGAGCUCCUGGAGCAGGAGAGGCUUCGGCAACAGGAUGACAGGCUGUGGCAGCAGGAGACUCUGCGGGAGCUGGAGAGGCUGCGGGAGCUGGAGAGGAUGCUGGAGCCGGGGUGGGAAGCCCUCUACGAGCAGCGGGCCGAGCCACGCAGCGGCUUCGAGGAGCUGAACAACGAGAACAAGAGCACACUGCAGGUGGAGCAGAAAGCAAAGGAGCUGAAGAAAUCAGGUGGAGCUGACGAGCCAAGAGGCUCCGAGUCUGCAGCAGCAGCCAGACCAGUACCGAGCCCCAGUCCCACAGGAGCUUGGGUGUGCGGACAAGCAGGGUGGACUCCCCAGGAGCACCCAGGCUUGGGUGGAGAAGCUGUUGGUACAGGAGAGGCAGCAGGAGGAGCAGGAGAGGCUGCAUGCCAUUCUUUUCAGGCUGCCGAGAACAGGGAGAUAAACAUCACCAUCAUCUAAGAGCUGCUCAAGAAAUUUAAAAAAACAAACAAAACGUUUAAGGGGUUAAUAUCCUACACAAUUCAUUUACUUCAUUUGAAUGUUAGAGCCACUUAUGUUUGUGUUUCUAAUUUAUAGUUUAAAUUUAUUUGUGUUUCUAA